AUGAAAGGUAUCGCAAGUAAAAUAGCGCAAGACCCAGAGCAACUGCCAACGGAUUCAUCGGAAAGUAUUGACGGCGAAGGUAAACUUGGGAAUAAUGCUUAUAGAUAUUAUAUCGAACUCUCUGAAGAUCGUGAACAAUGUCCAUGGUUCUUUGUUCUUGGUUAUCUUUCUUUCUUAAUCUUUUUAGUAAUUCGUUUUAUAGAUUUAAGUUAUGGAGUUACAUAUGGAUGGAGCGAGAUCGUAAACGGAACCGAGAACUUCGGGUCAACACAUUUUCUUGGCGAAGGCCACUUCGGCAAAGUCUAUCGCUGCGAUUUCCCAACUUCGGUUGGAGCUGCAAAGAUUCACGAUCAUGGAAACCAACUAGGUGAUGCUGCUGAGUUCUUGGCAGAGAUGAGAACGUUACAAGAAGCUAAUCACCCAAAUGUGAUUAAACUUAUCGGCAAAUCUUUCGGCCAGAAGAAAAGUGCCUUAGUCUACGAAUUCAUGCCUAACGGCUCUCUCAACUACCACCUCUCUGCAUUCGUGAGUCCAGGUCUAGGUCUACAGCAGAAAACUAGGGUUUUGGAUUGGAAAACGAGGAUGAGAAUCGCUGUGGGUGUAGCGGAAGCUCUGGUUUAUCUACACACAGGGAUAAAGACGAUUCACCGAGAUAUUAAAGUCGCAAACGUUUUACUUGAUGAGGACUUUACACCGAAGCUGGCUGAUUUUGGAUCGGCGGCUAAAUUCGUUGAAAUCGAAGACGGCGUUGAUCCGCCGCGCAGGAUGAAUCCGGUCAAGGGAACUCUAGGAUAUAAGGCACCGGAAACCGAGAAGUUCGGGUUGGUUUCGACCAAGUCCGAUAUCUAUAGCUAUGGAGUUUUUCUGUUUGUGCUUUUCACCGGAAGGCAAGCUUAUGAUCUGAAGAGACCUGCUGCGACAGUGAGAAUCACUGAUUGGUUGAGGCCAGUGUGGAGUAAAGAGGAGUUUAUCCCUAGGGUAACUGAUCCUGCGCUCGGUAACAACUAUUCGGUUGAAGGUUUAAACAGUCUGUUUCAAACUGCGAGGAUGUGUACAGACGCACACGCAAGUUCACGGCCUCAAAUGGUGUUUGUGAAAGAGAUGGUUCGUCAAGCUGCAGCGUUCCCAGUCCCAGAGUUGCUCCCGGCGAGAUAG